GCGGACCAGCCCAUCCUCAAGAUAGUACAACUUUCCGGGACACCCCACGUCUCCUCUCGCCCCCGUCCGGUUGCUUGGAAAUAUGCACGGGACGGUGACGUCACACAGGGAGGCGGGUCCCCACUGUCCCUCACACCAAUGGCGCGGCGGCCGCCCGCCUCUCGGUUCCCGGCUAUUGGUGUCUCGGGCCGCUGCGCUCCACCCCAGCCCGCCAUGGCGUCAGGCGCCGCGGCCCCGGGGAGGUGGCUCCCACUUUAAGAAGUGAAGUUUUGCGCCCCUCCCCCUCCCUGCCCACCUCCUGCAGCCUCCUGCGCCCCGCCGAGCUGGCGGAUGGAGCUGCGCAGCGGGAGCGUGGGCAGCCAGGCGGUGGCGCGGAGGAUGGAUGGGGACAGCCGAGAUGGCGGCGGCGGCAAGGACGCCACCGGGUCGGAGGACUACGAGAACCUGCCGACCAGCGCCUCCGUGUCCACCCACAUGACAGCCGGAGCGAUGGCCGGGAUCCUGGAGCACUCGGUCAUGUACCCGGUGGACUCGGUGAAGACACGAAUGCAGAGUUUGAGUCCAGAUCCCAAAGCCCGGUAUACAAGUAUCUACGGAGCCCUCAAGAAAAUCAUGCGGACUGAAGGCUUCUGGAGGCCCUUGCGGGGCGUCAACGUCAUGAUCAUGGGUGCAGGGCCGGCCCACGCCAUGUAUUUUGCCUGCUAUGAAAACAUGAAAAGGACUUUAAAUGACGUUUUCCACCACCAAGGAAACAGCCACCUAGCCAACGGGAUAGCUGGGAGUAUGGCCACCCUGCUCCACGAUGCGGUAAUGAAUCCAGCAGAAGUGGUGAAGCAGCGCUUGCAGAUGUACAACUCGCAGCACCGGUCAGCAAUCAGCUGCAUCCGGACGGUGUGGAGGACCGAGGGGUUGGGGGCCUUCUACCGGAGCUACACCACACAGCUGACCAUGAACAUCCCCUUCCAGUCCAUCCACUUCAUCACCUACGAGUUCCUGCAGGAGCAGGUCAACCCCCACCGGACCUACAACCCGCAGUCCCACAUCAUCUCAGGCGGGCUGGCCGGGGCCCUCGCCGCGGCCGCCACGACCCCCCUGGACGUCUGUAAGACCCUUCUCAACACUCAGGAGAACGUGGCCCUCUCGCUGGCCAACAUCAGCGGCCGGCUGUCGGGCAUGGCCAAUGCCUUCCGGACGGUGUACCAGCUCAACGGCCUGGCCGGCUACUUCAAAGGCAUCCAGGCGCGUGUCAUCUACCAGAUGCCCUCCACUGCCAUUUCUUGGUCUGUCUAUGAGUUCUUCAAGUACUUCCUCACCAAGCGCCAGCUGGAAAAUCGAGCUCCAUACUAAAGGAACAGGCUGUGGGAAGGGAUCAUAGAAUCUUUUCUUAAAGUCAUUCUCUGCCUGCAUCCAGCCCCUUGCCCUCUCCUCACACCUAGAUCAUUUUUGUUUUUGCAGGGUGCUGCCUAUGGGCCCUCUGCUCCCCAAUGCCUUAGAGAGAGGAGGGGACGGGACGGCCGCUCACCGGAAGGCUGUCUGCAGGGACAUCCGAGGUGGUGGUGGACAGGAAAGACUUGGGAAGGGGAGCGAGAAAUUGCUUUUUCUCUUCCUCCCUGGGCAGAAUGUAGCUUUUCUGCUUCACUGUGGCAGCCUCCUCCCUGGAUCCUUAGAUCCCAGAGGAGGGAAGAAAAUUUGCAGUGACCGAAAACAGUAAAAAAAAAAAAAAAAAAAAAAAAAAAAAUUUAUGUAUAUAAAAGUUCCAUUACACAGUACAAAAUAGAUGGAUAAUGUUUAUCCUUUAUUUUUCUAUGUAGAAGUUUUUGAAUUUGUGUGUGUGCUUGUGCGUGUCUACACCUAGUAUUACGGCUGGGACUCUCCAGCUGUUUUUGUUGUUGUUGUUGUUAUGUUUUUAAAUAAGAGGGUUGAAUUCUUCCAUCAGGUGAACGAAAAAGGCACCAAAGUAAUACAUCAGUGAAUGUGGCCUGCAGCUGUGUUUAGCCCCUCCAGAUGGAAGUUUCACUUGAAUGUAAAAUAAUAAAGUUUAUAUUUUGAAUUUCUCUUUUCAUGGGGGAGAAAAGGUACGUUAAAAAAAUCAAAAUAAUGAUAUGUCACUUGCAGCUACCUUUUUUUUUUUUUUUGCUUUUAAAUUCAAUCAGCCACCUUCAUGUGCCUUUUUCCUUUGUCUUUCCCCAAAAUUCCAGGACCAGAGAUCUGGCCCUGGCCUAUUUUCUCUUGCUGUGUACACACACGCACACAUGCCGGGUGGCAGGAUCUCGCCCGCUGGAGGGUGGUGGAGCCCAGUAGAAUUGGGGUGGCUGGGCAUAAACCUGCUGAGACCGCUUCCUCCCCGGGUUGUGAGUGACGUGAAUGCCUGCCUUCCCGGGUCAGCACUUAGAAGCCCUUGAUAGGCAGCAUGUGGCGACUUGUGGGGCAGGUGUUUGGGAUAAAUCCUACCUUCAUCCUAGGACUUAUUUCUGCAUCAGCCUUUUAACUCAGGCACUUCAGGUAACGUGAUCUAUGUGUGUUUUGACUGAAUCUCAUCUCCUGUGUUUCCCUGUGCAGUCUAGGGAAGCAUGUCUCCGGUCUUUGUCUGUCCCCCUGUCUUGUCCCAACUAUUAAUUCUCAUGUCACAGCUUCUCACUGCAUGUGACAAGAGCCAGGCCUAUCUGCUAGGGCCCUGCGGCUGAGGUCUGAGCUGGACCCUUAUGCCGGAGUCGGAAGACCCCUCUCCAGAAGCUAUUCUGCAUCCUUGUCUGCUCUGCGUCACCUGAGAACACAGGCUUUGCAGCCUCGCUUUCUGAAAUGGUGUGUGCCGAGUCAGAUUGCCGCUCAGAAAAUACAAGCCCGUUUUCCCUGGCCGUGCCAUUUGGUGCUCUGCCAGGCUGCCGUGCAAGGGAAUACCGAUGAGACGAGCUGCACUGUCUCUGAUUUGGAGCCCUCACUGGAGCUUGUCUUUAAAAAUGAGCAGGAAGCUCAUGUGUGUUUGCAUUUCAGUGAGCCGGGUCCUGACCUGCCGCCACCCACCACGGUCAGUGUGGUGCCUCUCACCAAGGAGGCUCAGGCCUGGAUUCUUUUGAGUGGUGCUACUGCCUAGGAAGUAACACGUGGAGAAUUUCCAUCUUGGGACCAUGCACACAGUGCCUUGGGGAGUAGAUUUUGCCCUAAUAGCGAUGAGGAAUUUUAUCAGUCAGUUGACUUCCUUUUUCAGAUCAGGGAUGGGAAAGAGCCAAACUGGGUACCUCCCACGUGUGCCCCGUGAACAGCCCCUUGCAGCUGGGCUGUGGGGCUUGGCUGCUGCCCUGUCCCAUCUGGGGGUUAACGCCUUCUCCCUGCUCUGCCCCCCACUCCCCAAAACCAGUUGCAGCCUCAACCCACAUGGGGAUGUAGAAAGCCGUGAAGUCCACGCUGCUGUUGAAAAUGUUUACAUCUCCGCUCUCAACCUGCCUUGGGUUCAUGUUAAAUGGUGUUAAAUUCUGCAAAUGGAGGAGAAAAAAAUCAAAUUCUUAAAUUUCAAAGUAGAAUUUAAAGCAAAUUUGUAAAAAAAUUAUCCUCCCACCCCUUUUGGUCCACUUAAGAUAUGCCACACUGAAGCAAGUUAUUUCCUACUGGAUUUUGCUUUCACUGGUGUUUAGAAAAUAAACUUGAUUUCUCUAGGAGCACUCCUUUGGUUAGGGGGAUGCAAGAAGGAGAGGUGAAGGUGGGGUGUGGUGGCUCACGCCUGUAAUCCCAGCACUUUGGGGAGGCCGAGGCAGGCGGAUCACUUGAGGCCAGUAGUUUGAGACCAGCCUGGCCAACAUGAUGAAACCCCAUCUCUACUAAAAAUACAAAAAAUUAGCUGGGCGUGGUGGCAGGCACCUGUAGUCCCAGUUACUUGGGAGGCUGAGGCAGGAGAAUUGCUUGAACCCAGGAGGUGGAGGUUUCAGUGAGCUGAGAUUGUGCCACUGCACUUGAGCCUGGGCGACAGAGUGACUCUGUCUCAAAAAAAAAAAAAAAAAAAAAAAAAAAUGGAAAGGCAAAAACCGGACCCUGGAGUUCUGUGGGCCCUGAUUGCCGGCCCCUCCCUGUGUGAUGAGGGAUGAGUCAGCUCGGGCAGCCACUUGGCCAGCCUGCAUGCCUGGUCAUCAGGAGGUUGAGGAAAGCCUUGAAAGUUGUGAAGCACUGAGCAGAUACAAGUGUUUGUUAAUUUUGUAGAAAUUAACUUUCCCCUCUGGCCUUUAUUUCCAAAGUUGGUAUUAUUGCCCCAUGCAGACUGCAGUCCGGUUUCUUAUUGUGACUUUGACAUUGCAAAGUGCGAAAUAGGAAGAGGCCUCCCCACUCCACUAUCCCACCCUGGUGACCAACUCAGUAUAACCGUUGCAUGUACUCAGUCAUUGGUGUCUUUGGAGUGACAUCUGCAGCCAGUCAGUGCCACCUGAGUACAGCACUCGUACUUGUACGUGAUGUGUGUGAGUAGCUCUUCUGCCCAAACCAUGAUUUGAGGUUCAACUACCUGUAAAUCACAGCUUUAUUUUAGAACAAUAAAGUGAUUUUUUCCAAAUGGGUGAAAUCUCCCCAUGACUAACUUUGCAUUGAAUCUAUUUACUGGGUUACAUUCUAUGUGUAGUUUGCUUUCUUCAUUUUUUUUUUUCUUUUAAAAUGCUUAUGUCUUAUUCCAAGCACCUUCCUCCAAACUCCCCAUAAAGCUGCAUCUCCAACACAUUGUUAUGCCAAUAAGGUUUUAUUUAACUUUAUUUAAGGAUGAUUGUGUCUUUGAAUGACAAAUGUACUGCUGCUUCCUACCUGCAAGACGCACAAUGUAUGUUUUAAGGGUGAGAAAGUGUUAUUUCUUAAAUUUCUCAAAUGCCUGUAGUAACUAUUGUUUCUGCCUCUCAAUUGUUGCCAGUUCUUUGAAGAAGGGGAGAAUUGUGUGUUUUUGUGUGGGGAUGUUUCCGAUAUGCUGCUACAGUUGCAAAACACUGGAGCUAGAGAAAAUAAAGUACUGAUCUUGGAA